CAGGCCCUGCGGAGCUUGAUGCACCGCUAUGUCUUGACGCGCCACAUAAAUCUGUAGGGCCUGACCAUGACGGAUCUGCUCACGACAGCGAUCCAACGAUCGUACCUCAUGGCAUGAUAUCUAGUGAUCCUGACAUGCCAGCCUCCACGAAUCCUCAAUCGUUGACCUGUGAGCGAACAAAGCUACUUCGCAACGCCUCUGGCAACAGUGCCAGCCCAUACCUCCGCGCGAAAUGCCCACAGUGUUUUGGGGGGUCAGUGUGGGGUAGUCCUGCCAAUAAAUAUCCUGAUGUCAUUGUCGCUAUGGAUGGUAAUAUGCAACAUAAGCAGUACAUGUUUGUUGGAGGAGAGAUGGUUCUUCCCUGGAAUGAAACCUGCACAUUCCUGACCCAGGCUGAAAUAGAUGAAGCUGCCCACCAUGUCUCUGAGGCACAAGCUGCAUCUAGAGGUUCUUUGGAAUCUUGUCCUUCAUCUCUUGUACCGGAUGGUGCCAUUGAUGAAUGCAAAGAAUCCCACUGAGCCACAAAACAUGAAGGGAAGUCAGCCUCCAAAAUGGAUACCUUCCGUUCAAAGGGCCUGAUGGCAACUGUGUGCCAUCAUGAUAUUCCCCUCUUCCUAUGUGACAUGCACACUCCAGGCGAAUGGCAAUACUUCUCAGUUGCCAUGCUCAUCGCACUCAGCUGCCAACUC